UCGCCGGCGAUGGUUGUCCCGAUAAAGGGUGCUUAAAAUAAGCUUCUUUUUGAGGUUACAAGUUCAGUGUCAGUUGGUACAACUGUCAAUUCGGUGCAGCUUGAGGAAUAAUUGUGAUCCGCGCGCGGAAAGUGUUGGAGGAGGUGCGUGAGUUCCAGCCGUUAAGGAAUAGAUAAUAGACGGCGCGCCUGCUAUUAUAUAAAAUUACGACGUGAUAAGGUGUUGGAUUGCCGCUUGCUGUCUAAAUUUAGGAGCAACCACAAAAGAGUAGGAAAUGCGUUUGUCGGUGUUGAACGAAUUCCCGAUUCCAGAAUAACGAGGCGAUUGCAAAACGGAUUCACGAUAUUGAAAUGGAAAUAUAGUGAUGCGUGCGGUGUUUGUCAGUUGAAAAAUGCUAGUGUUGCCUAACAUCAGGCGUAAUACAUUGGUGGUUGAAAACGUGUUUAUCUGGGAGCGAAUUUCACUGACUAAAUUGAAAAAUAAAUCUACAUUAGUGGUCACUCUGCAACAGCUUGGUUAGUGAUUUUGUAAUAAAAGAGUGUUAAGAAAUAAUUGGUUUCGGAAUCGAAGGGCAACGAAUUAGCUAUCCUGAGGUUGCACGUGUGAUUACCGUCGGUGCUAAGCAUCGGUAUCGUUGUCAGUGACGCAUUGGAUUUAAAUUUUGUCAUUUGAAGAAAUUCUCACUCUUAUACAAUUGUUCAGACAUACAAAAAUCCUUGAAUAAGCAGUGAUUUUUUCGAAGAAGAAACAACUGGAGAACUCUUUGAAACAUUUCGAGUUUUCUCAGUGUUAAAUCUAGAAUCAUUUGUCGGCCUCACACUGAAAUGUCGUAUGGAAUAUAGCCUUGGAUAAACUUCUGUUAUUUUGUUAGAAAAAAGUUUGAGAAGUGGAAAACAGAAACUUGAUCAUCAUCGAACGGAAUAUUCUCGGAAAACGGUGUUUGUUCAUCUGAAAUCAGCUUCGUCAUACCAUAUGGGAAUCAUCUUUGCUGGUCAUCGGUAUCUGGACGUUGGAGAGUUAGCGACGAGUGUGUAAUUAUGAAAGAAAUUUUAUCAAACCAGUGCAUCCUUUGGAAUAUCUAUUGGAAUAACAGCAUUUAACUACUUGAAGUGUAGACUGAUACCAGUGUGAUUGUUCGACAGCAAAUGUGUUUUCAACGAGUUUGAAUUACUUGUUUUGGAAGUCUCACUAAUAGAGAUGAAUAAUAAUAUCACAGCAAAAGUGGUGAGCAAGAGCAAUUUGAUAAGUGUAUCUAAGUAGAAAGUAUGCCUAGUGAUUGGUUAGUGACUAGUGAAAACAAAUUCUGGUAGAGAUCUACGUGUUUCGGUGAUGAUGUGUUGUUAGAAGCUGGGUAAAAGUGAAACGGCACAAUGAGUGACACGGUAGAGUUGGAGCGAUUGAUUAAUUGUACCCAGGCAACGAUCCGACGGUUUCCGUGGUCCACUGAGUACAAUGCGUCGAUGAUUGGCGAGUUCAACCGGACGGAAAUAUUGGAUGUGCUCGGCGAAAUGAUUACUCGGGGGAAAAGCCACGUGCCGAAGGAGAUGGAAGCGGUGACUCUCAGAGAAUUCAUCACCGAGUGUCUCUUCCCGACGACAAAGAGUCCCUACGAGCUGCCGUGGCAACUGAAGACGGCCUGGGGAGUGGUGUUCGGUGCGAUGCUUCUGGUGGCCAUAACCGGCAACAGUAUCGUGUUGUGGAUUGUGCUGGCCCACCGCCGGAUGCGCACCGUGACCAACUACUUCCUGCUGAAUUUGAGUGUGGCCGAUCUGCUGAUGUCCUCGCUCAACUGUUCGUUCAACUUCAUCUUCAUGCUGAACUCGGACUGGCCGUUCGGAGCCGUCUACUGCACCAUCAACAACUUCAUGGCCAACAUGUCGGUGGCGUCGUCCGUUUUCACCCUGGUGGCCAUCUCGUUGGAUCGAUAUAUUGCCAUCGUUCACCCACUUCGCCACAGGACGUCCCGCAAAAAGGCCCGCCUAUUCCUGGUGAUCAUCUGGGCGCUCAGCUGCGUUCUGGCCGCCCCCUGCCUCAUGUACUCCACCGUGAUGACGAAGCGAUAUCACAACGGAAAAACCAGGACCGUGUGCUACAUGCUGUGGCCGGAUGGGCGCUAUCCGACCUCGAUGGCAGAUUACAUCUACAAUCUGGUGUUCCUCAUCCUGACGUACGGAAUCCCGAUGCUGAUAAUGAUCGUGUGCUACUCGUUGAUGGGCCGGGAGCUGUGGGGCAGUCGAUCCAUCGGGGAGCACACCGAACGGCAGCUCGAAUCGAUGAAAUCCAAAAAGAAGGUUGUCAGAAUGUUCAUCAUCGUGGUGACCAUCUUCGCCAUCUGUUGGCUACCAUAUCAUCUGUUUUUCGUGUACGCCUAUCACAACAACCAGAUGACAUCGUCCAGUUACGUCCAGCAGCUUUACCUGGGGUUCUACUGGCUGGCGAUGUCCAACGCGAUGGUCAAUCCGAUCAUCUACUAUUGGAUGAAUAGCCGGUUUCGAAUAUACUUCCAGGAAAUCAUCUGCUUCUGCUGUUUACAGUUCCUCAAUGCCCGGAUGAAAGAUGGUAUGCCGCAGGGUGUACUGCUGAACAAAAAUUCCAACUCCGAGCCGGGUCGGUACCGAUCGUAUCGACAACGGUCCCUGUCGGUACGGUGGCGACCGCAGUACCACAGCACCGAAGAGUACCGGAUGCGGCUGGCCGCCCCCACCACGGCCCUGAAUCGGAACAGCCGGGCGAUGGUCAGCGUGGUGAACGUCAUCGAGAAUGCCAACGGGAAGCCGGCCACGCUGGAUGGCCACCAAACGACGGACAUAAGCGAACUGCCGGCCACGGUCAACUUUCUGCCGAGGCAUUCCAACUCGCAGGACUCGCAGCAGAACCGACUGAAGGAUCAGCAUUCAUCCAGUAGCCACAGUCACGAGUACUCCUGACAUCCGCAGUACGACUAGAGAGGGCGGGGACGGGAAGUUCCGGUGCGGGCGGGAUAAGACAGGGUGCUCUAAUGAUUAAAGUAGGAUGUAAGUAGGGUGUACAUAAACGAUUACAGUCGGGUCUCCUAUUAAACGCAUUCCUAUAACGUGCACUCCUAUUACGCUCACUCCUAUUAGA